AUGGAUGCUGUUGAAACUGUAGAUUCAGAAAAUUGUAACAGUCAGGGUAACUAUUCUAUAAUAGUAGAACCAAUAAUACUAGAUAAUGACGUUGUGGAUUUAAAUAAUAGAAAAUGUUUUAAAUGUUUAGGUAUUGAAUCAAUAAUACUACCUGGUAAAGUCAGAACUUGUGGUCGGCCAAAAGGCGCAAUUAUGACAACAAUCGGCCUUCCUAAACGGCUUAAAACUGGAAGAGCAUUGGCUAAAAAAACAGAAACAAAAACUAAAAAUGGAGAUAGGGAUAUAGCUGUCGAUUCAGAUGAACAAACCUAUUGUCUUUGUAAUCAGAUUUCAUACGGAGAGAUGAUAUGUUGCGAUAAUGAUUUAUGUCCAGUAGAAUGGUUUCAUUUUUCUUGUGUAUUAUUAUCAACAAAACCAAAAGGUAAAUGGUUUUGCCCCAAGUGUCGCGGAAAUCGUCCUAAUAAAAUAUUGAAGCCUAAAGCGCAGUUUCUCAAGAAAAAUGAAAGAUACAACAAAGAAAAAGAGGAUAAAGCUUAA